UGUGUUUAGAGCAGAGAGAUGUUAAUAAACUCAUUGUGAAUAAAUGUACAAGAGUCCAAAUGAAGAACAAGAUCAGAGUCUCGUUUUCUCAGAUCAUCUGGAGAGUUUGUAAUUUAUUCAUGUCAGUGUUUUUCUCGCUGGCGACUUACGCGCAGAUAAAUGAUCCAGAUGCUGCUUUGUGGAUGGUUGGUUAUGCAGUUCCAGCUGGAUUGUGCUUUUUGAUUUGUUGUGAACAACAAAUAACAGGAGGGAAUUACAGAUAUUUUCCAGCAAGAGGAAGGAAGGUGACAAUAAUUCAGAGUUUUGAGCCCAGAUUCAGUCACAUUAGAGGAAUAAAACAGAUUUAUUUCACCGGUGUAAUCUUUGCCCUUAGGGAGUGUUGUGGACUCCUGCUGACGGUUUUCUGGCUGCUGCUCUGCAGACAUUCAGGAAGGAGUCCUGUCGGCUCCGUGAGGAUCUGCACUGCUGUGGGAAUCACUGUGUUUCCCUUCAUCACAUGGAUCUAUUACUACAUGAACACAGAGCUGAGGAAACACUGGCCUGAACACUGUACAACUGCUCUCUGAUCAGAACAAAACACUGAAGAAACCACAUCUGAGCUCCAGAUCAGCAGAUCAACUCAACUUUACUGAAGUGGACUGAUAAUAAGAGACGAUCAAGAAAUGUUUAAUAAUUCAAACAGUGUAGAAAUACAAACUCUUUAAACUCCAUUGCUCAAACUUGAUGAUAAUGUUAUUUGUCUUUGUUCUCUCAAUAUCCUGCAUUUAUCUGAAUGCACAUAACAUUAUAUGUGUCAUAAUGCUUUUAUAAUGUAGAUAAUGUCAUAAUGAAGGAUCCGAUCUGCCAUCUGAAGAUUAAAUAUUCAGUGUUUCUGAUUUGUUUACACUGUUGAACUCGGCUUACAGCUAGAAUCAGUUUGAAAAAUAAAUCAUCACGUAUAUACACAAA